ACAUUUCGAAAGCAAGCAAAAGCGGGCAGAAGAAGGACGCGAGAGGGAGGCGGGACGGCGACGAGGAGGCGGGGCUUCGGCGGAGCCCUUCGUCUCAUUGGUUCGCAGGCGCGCUUUCGAUUUUCAGUGGCGCGCGAGGCGAAGGUUCAUCUUUGUAGCCUCCCCGCCCCAACUGCCGCUCCCCCCCCCGCCCACAAUUAAGGGUUUUCUCCUCAGCAUGGCUUCUUCCUCCAAAGGGGGGAGGAAGAGCCCGGCUCCCGCAGCAUCAGCGGCAUCGCGGGUCUUGGCCCUGGAGGAAGAAGUGCGGGGCCUGACGGAGGAGCUGAGCCAGUGCCAGGCUGAUAAAGAAUUUGUGUGGUCUUUAUGGAAACGUCUUCAGGUCGCAAACCCAGAUCUGACACAAGCAGUCAGUAUGGUUGUCGAAAGAGAAAAGCAGAAAGCUGAACUCAAGGACAGGAAGAUUUUAGAAAUUUUACAAGUUAAAGACAACAAAAUACAGACAUUGGAACAGAGAACAUGUGGGCAACAAGAGGAGAUAAACAACCUGGUACAGAGAAAGCUUGCUGUGGAUGAGGAAAACGCAGUCUUGAAGACAGAGCUCUGCAUCUUCCAACAGAAAUGUAAAGAUAAAAUCCAGGAACUUAAGGACACUAAGGAGUGUGCACUGAGAAAGGAAGAGCAAAGCAGACUGGUUAUAAAAAACCUGGAGGAGGAAAAUGAGGGAUUAAGUACACGCUAUGCUGACCUGCUAAAUGACCUGGAGAAACUGAGGAAGCGGGAGGCACAAUGGAGAAUAGAAAAAUCUGGCAUCGAAGCAAAAAUAAAGAAUUUGGAAGCUGAUUUAACAGAGGCAAGUGGGCAAAUGGAAACCUUGCACAGCAAAUGCAAUGAUCUGGCAUCUCAGCUGGGUGCUAAGCAGACUGAACUAACACAAAAAGAUUUGGAUGUGGCCAGAACUAGGAAGGAGUUGCAGGAGCUGCAGAAUCUCUACAAACAAAACACUGAACAUGCAGCACAGCAGGCAGAGCUGAUCCAGCAGCUUCAGGCUCUCAAUAUGGAUACGCAAAAAGUACUGAGAACUCAGGAAGAUGCUCACACAGCUGAAACAAUAUCAUAUCAAAAACUUUACAAUGAAUUGACCAUAUGUUUUGAGAAACUCAAAGCAAGUGAGUUGGAGCUCCGGCAAAGUCAAGCUUCUCUCCAGAACCAACUACUUGAAAAAGAACGACAUAUCAGUCAGCUGGAAGAACAACUUCAACAGGCUCUCAGCUCUCUGUUUUCAAAACCUGAAAGUCCUUCAAAACAGAGAAAAGAGGAAUUCCAGCAGUAUUCUUUAAGUGAGCUAGAAUAUCUCAUACUAUCACAAAAAUCUGAAAUAAAGCUUUUGAAAGAAAAAUUGAAAAGAGCAAAUCAUACACUAGCAGAUCAUAGCCUUUGCAGCAGAGAUUUCUUGGAUUGCAUCAGUGUUAAGGCUGGGAAGAAAUACAAGGAACCACCUGUGAAACGUUCAAGGUCUCUGUCCCCAAAGAGCUUUUUGAAAGAGUCGGAGGAAUUAAGAAGGCUUAAAAUAGCUGAAAGAAAGAUUGAAAACUUAGAAAAGACACUGCAGCUAAAGAUCCAGGAAAACGAUGAGCUGAGGCAAACCCAUGAAAAGCGCAAAAAGAGGCUGCAGAUGUUACAGACCAACUACAGAGCAGUAAAAAAGCAAUUAAAACAAUGGGAGGAAAGCUAUAGCAAGCCUGGAAGCGGUAAAAAUGGAACAGAGCGUUCUCAUCCCCGGCAGCUGUGUCAAGAAGAUUCUGAUGCUGUGUGGAACGAGCUGGCGUAUUUCAAAAAGGAACACAAAAAGCUAUUGAUUGAAAAACUGAAUUUAGAGGAAGAAUUGGAUCAGAUGAGAGUGUAUACAUCUAGGGAUAAAGCUACAAUACAAGAACUGAAUAUAUGCCUGCAACAAGAAAGAGAAGAGCUGCUCUUUAGACUUGGUGAAGAGGAUGGGGUCAAGAACAGUACUCCAAAGAAGAAUGUGAAAGAAAUACCAGCACAGACAUUACUGAAGGUUUUGGAACUGGAAAGGAGGCUAAAGAGUUUUGAGAGAGAAUCAAGGAGAUUGAAGGAAAUCAACAAAGAGUUAACGAAAGGUAACAGUGAUCUGAAAGCAUUGCUCAAACAGCAGAAGGAAGAAGCAGAGGCCAGGGAGAAGGAGCUGGAAAUGCUACUGAAACAAAUCAAAGAAGUCCAGCAGGACAAAGCAGACCUGCUGCUACUGAUAGAUGGGCUAGAGAGAGAGGUUGCCUCUCUGAAGAGGCAAUGGGCAGAAGCAAACUCGCUGAGAGAUGAAAACAAGGAUCUACUGAGUCAAGUGAGGCAAUUGCAGAGUUCGCUGGACAGAGCAAGGACAGUGCCCUCCAUGGCCAAUGCGGAGGCAUCCUGCAGGCAAUGUCUGUGUAAGAGUAGAAGUGCCAAAGUUAAGUUGAAAACAGGGAAGAAGAAAGGCUUAGUGGGAUAUCACCAGUCUCUUCUCAAUCAGUCCAUCAAGGUUAUGAGCGGUGUAUUUGAGAACUUCAAUAAGGACGGCUGGGAGGAUGUGAGUGAAAGCAGUGACUCUGAAAUACCAGUUUCCGAGAAUCUGGGGACAAUAACUGCAAAAAAAGCACAGCAUACUCCACUGACAGACAAAAAUGACCAACAGGAACAAAAUAAGGUGGAAGAUAAUUGCAUGCCUCCAAACAGUGUGCAUUUAGAAGGCCCAAGCAAAAUAUGCUACAAAAAGCAAAAGAAAGAAACAGAAGUAGUUCCUUUCCACAGAAAGAAGAUCUUGCAUUCAGCUCUCAUCCCAAGUAAAGUAAACAGAGAGAAGAGAAGUAUCGUGGUUCAGAAACCUGGCUGUGCCAUUUCACUCAGGGGACGGAUUACAUCCUUACAGCAGCAGUUAGCUAUUCUUCAGAAUUCGAAAAAGACAGCCAUGUCAUCUCUCAAAACGUCCAGGGAAACAAAUAAAAAAUUAACAUCCCAGCUGCAUCUUGUUGAACAAAGACUUCAGGCCAGCAAGCAAACUAUUCAGACACUGACGUCCAACCUGACUGAGUUGCAGCGAGAAAAAUCAGAUUUACAAGGGAAGUUGGACCACCUGACCCAGUCUAUGAAAGUGAGAGAGGGUCUGUCUCCUGUGACAUCUGGCCCUACUGGAAUGACACCAGCAACUCCAUUCAAGAAUGUAGAUUUGGAAAUGAAGCAGCUGCAGUGUAAACUGAAGAAUGCAAAUAAUGAAAUCACUAAACAGUCAUCAACCAUUAAAUCUUUGAAAUAUGAAGUCCAGCGAAAAGAAGAACAGAUGCGGGAACUACAGGAAAAGAUUUCUCGAAUGGAGAGAGACCUAAGUAUGAAAAGGAAUUUAAUAGAAGAUUGGAAGCUGCGCAUGAAAGCAAAUCAGGAAAAAGAAAAAAGCUUUAAUGAAAAACUACAAACUCUUGAAGAAAAGGUAAAGUCAUUGACGGAAGAUUGUUCAAACAAAAAAACGUCGAUUGAUUCACUAAAGCAAAGGCUUAAUGUAGCUACAAAAGAAAAGGCACAAUAUGAGCAGAUGAAUCGCAAAGCUAAGGAGGAGCUGGAGAAAAAGGAGCUUAAACUCGCCAAUCUAGAAGCUAAAAUGGCUGAGGCGGAAUGUGCCAUGACAGAACUCGAAACCACUGCCUCUCAGCAACUUCAUGGCUUGGCAAAGCAAAGUGAACAGGCACUCGAAGUACUGCAGAAAAAAUUGAUGAUGUCCAAUGACAAAGUGGAAGAGUUCGUUACCUUUGUGAAGAGUUUGGCCACAGAGUUGCAGUCUAGUGUGAAAGAGAUGAGAACGCGAAUCAGAUGUAGUAAAAAAAUGCAAGAAAACAAAAAAUGCAACAGCGUUUCCAAAGCAUCUGUUCACCGAGCCCAGCACGUGGCAGCAUCUAUCCUUAAUAUUUCAAAGACUGAUUUAGACAAUUUACUUGAUGUUGAGGAUGAUGAGGAAACACAACAGAUGAAAAUGGAAUAUGAAAGCGACAAAGAAUGGAUGGGCUACUUACAGAAGCUUCUUGAAGGACAGGCCUCCACUGAAGAUGAAGACUGCAAAGAUGCAGUGCGGGAUGUAUGUCUAUAAAGAGAGCCAGAUAAGAACAUGGACACAUUCCCAGAAGCUGAUAAAUGUGCAAGACAUCUGCAACAUUUCAAGCUCUCUUAUCCUUGAUUGCACUGAAUGAUUAAGAUAGAAACACCUCCUUAAAAAUCAUUUUACAGUGACAAAGGAGCCUUAGAAUGUAGUGAACAGCAGGUAAAAUAUAGAAUGAUAUGAGCCCAAGACAGUGGUAAAGUAAUCCAUUCAUCUAAAGGGGAGUGUUAUUAGGAAAAAAUAAAGAUGCCUCAAAAGCAAAUGUGGUCUGGGGUUUGAGACAGGUUUGAGAAACUUUGAAGAAUGGAAAGGUUGGCGGUUACCCUAUACAUAACUACAUGAAGAGGGGGAAAGCAUAAUGUAGGGAAAUGAUAUUUACAAAGUCACAUGUGAACUGCAUUGCAUGAUUCCCACUGGCUCAGUGUUCUUUGGCACAAGAAACCUUAACGCCAGUGUAUGAAUUGCACAUAUGUUGAUGUGUUUUUCUCUGUAUUAAUUUAUUUUUCUCAUCUGUGAUGGUUUGAGUUAGUCAUUUGCUUAUGUACCCAACUUUUUCUUCUUCUUAAUUCAUCUAUGAAUACUUAACUGGAGAAGAAAACUUUAAAAAAACAAACAAACUUGCAAAUCUUUAUUUCUGAUAUUGCUCCAUUUGGAUGUGUGGCCUGCAGCGAAGGAAAGGUCUUAACCCCCCCCCCCAAUUGUGGGAAUACUUCUGCAUUUAUAGGGAUUUCUAAGCAAACCCCUUUGCCAACCUAGCCUAUUUUGUUGAGGUUAGCAAUCUUCGGGUACCAUGGGUUGGUUCCACAGGUGCAAGCAGAAGCCCUUAUCUGCAAAUGAAAAAACUUCCUCUGACUUAGCACAAAACCUUUGUGAAAAAGAAGUGAAAUUCAGUGGAGUGCUCAAGGCAUUGUGAAAUAAUUUCCUCAGCAUCUGCUGGUACAAAGUGUUGCACAAGGACUUGCAAAACAUCUCAAGAAGAUGCUAACUGCUGAGUGUUAUCUGUUGACCAAACCCAACCUUCUCAACAGAAUGACUUAAUAUGCUUGAUAUGUCCAUCUGUCAUUACAUCUACCUUGACCUUGGCUCAUUCUUGAGCAUUUCAAAUUCAGCCCCUGGUUUCACUUUUGCCAUAUUUGCUAGUUACCGUUUCUAGCUCUUACCAGAAACCUGGCCCACUUUGUUGAGGUUCAUAGCCUUUGGAGCCAGAAAAGGUUGGAUCCUCAGAAGUCCUUCUACAACUGAAAGGCUUUUUCCAGACUUAGCACAAGUUUUCACACCUGUUGCGUGGCCUGCUGGGAAAAUCGCUUUCUUCCUUCUCAACAUCAUAGUGAGCUUACAGACUUGGUGUAGAUUUAGAUGCUCACAAGCAGCCCAUUCAUUUCCUUUCCGCUGUGGACUGUUGCUCUAAGGCAGCCAUGUCCAAAGUCCAUUAAGGGGGCCAGUCUGUUUAAUCUGGCCCCUGUGGCAGUUUAUCUCCUGGGGCAAAAUCCUAAAAAUACCUCAACAACUUCAACCUUAAACAAAGCUCAACAACUUUGGAGUAAAAUCCUUAAAAAAAGCUUAACAACU